GGUUGGCAUGUCCUGCGCGUCCAUUGCAAAAAAAUUCCUGCACAGAGUUUUCGCUACAAUUAACUUUGGCAAGCUCGUAAUGUAGGCCGUAAAAACCGUGUUUGGUGGUAAAGUGUGAGAGAAAUCGGUGAAAAGUUGUUGGCCGUUGUGUGUACGUGUAUUUGCAGUGUUAUUUCAGUCCAAUAGCUGCGGCUUUUCAAAGUGCUCGCUUCGGUAUUCGUUUUCCCCGCACCCAAGCCGCAUUUGCGACGCCGCUUGGAAAAUGUCGCUGGAUGGCGCCAGGUUGCGCUACGAGGACGAAAAUGGUAAAACCGUGGUUCUGGCAGCCAAGGGGCGCUCCUUCCAGGUGGGCUCCUACUACAAUUGCGACCUCAUCCUGGAGGGGCCGGAGGAGGAGCGUCUAAUUUGCGAAAUAAACUGCGACGCCUUCGGCAGGGUCAUCAUAUAUAACAAGUCCAGCGAAGACCCCAUUCAUCUCAACGACGCGGCCAUCCAUGCUGCAGGCAAGCGCCCUUUGCUACACGGUGGCAAGAUUACCAUUCGAGACAAGGUCUACACCUGGGAGUUCCCCAAGUCCUCCGAGCUACAGGAGGCGCCAUGCACACCAGAGCGCCAGUUGCCCAACGAACAGGCCUCCAACUCCUGCCCUUCAUUGAAGCAAUCGCAUCGUCUACAAGCCGAAAAACGCCUCACAGUCCACAAUUUUCACUAUAGCAUCAAUUCGGACGACGAAGGAAAUACUUCUAUAGAGUCUCGUGAUCAGAAUGAGAGCCAUUUGGAGGAGGUUUCCCUGAAUGAAUCCAUUCCACCCACUACAGAAGAGACACCUUGCGAGUCCCCGAAAGUAAAUCUACUGGAGUCUACGCAGAAUAAGGAAAACACCGCAACGCCACCAGGUAGCCACCAGAAGCUACUCAAGCUUUGCGCCAUGUCCGACGUGGUGAUCACCUCUUUCUCGCCGCGCGAGACUGGCGUUAAGAUCGAGAAAUCUUUUACAUGUGUGCGGAAACCGGGCUACACCACGACGUCUUUGGCUGUAUCCACGCCCAAGAGCGUCUACAGCACCCCCAAGGGCGGUGUGCUCUCUGAACUGAACGAAGACAGCUGCAGCCGAGACCUGAUGGACUUUAGCACGCCAUCCACCUCAAAGAAGACCAAGCGGGAGUCUUCUAUGUUUCUGAUAGACCUGACCACCCCAUCAAAGCUACGACAAACACCCCAACAGACGCCUGCAUUCAAACACACACCGAAACAGACGCCCAUCAGUGUAGACAGCACCGACGAAUCCUCAGAUGCCUCCCCGUUAGUCAUUGACAUUACUAACUCUGACACACCGCCAUCACCAAGCCCUUCGCAACGGUAUAAAACUCCUCAGCGUCAGGCUGGCAUCACUGGCGCCACACCUAAGAGAACGCCCCAGUCCCUGAUGAAACGGGCGCUGCUUACCAGCACUAAGAAGCAGAUCGCCGCCAACCAGCCCGUUAAGACCACCCCCGUGGUCACCCCCAAGCGGCCAUCUCUUCUGGAGGCUCGUCGCCACUGCCUCACUACGCCUCGGCGUUUGCCAUUCCACCCACAGCGGCGCACGCCAGUCCAGCGAGAAGGACAGGCGCGAGGAAACGCACCCAAGACCUCGCCACGCAAGCGGAUAUCUCUAAUGGAAUCUCCCAGGGAGAACAAGGUCUCACAGCUCAGAAAGUCUUUUGCGGCGGCCAAGCGUAGUCCCGGAGUUGACAAGAGCAACAAGCUCGUAGCCAAGGCACGUCGUUCGCUAAACUCCCCGAAAUGUGGUUCCCCUAAGCCUGGAUCAUCCAUGCCGUCAUCGCCAUGUUCAAGAAAAGCAAUCGAUGUUCCCCAGAUCAACAGCUCCACUCCGGAAAAACCUGACGACUCAAAGGACGAGCUGAGCCGCACGUUCACAAUAAUGGAUGAUACCCAAGGAAAGGAUCAGAGUGGCGCAGUGUUGGCAAUCGAAGCGGUGACUGCUCUCGUAACUGGAGAAGUAGAGAAUGAUGUAUCAUUUCAGCUGAGUUCGCUAGUUGAAAAGGGUUUGCCGUCAGUGAGCUUAGAGGAGCCUACACCUGUCCAAGACAAAGUUGAAUUAAUCGGGCCAGAAACAGACGCGGAAGGUAAAGAAGAUUCGUCACAGGACAAUUUGAAUCCUAAGCCAGAUAGGGUCAUAAUCGAAGAGAAUGAAUGCGAACUAGAUUCUUUUGUCAAAAAUGAAUUGGAAACAGCCAAAAGUCAAGCGGAAGGUAAGCAAGAAGAUUGUGAUCUUCAAGAUGAGGAAGAAAUCGUAACAUUGUCCACUACAGUCGACAAACAACUUGAGGAAGUUGUUAUUGAGGAUAGCAUUUGCGAAGAGGUUCAUGCGAAUAUUCCUGAACAAACUCAUCAGAAUGGUAAUUCUGAGAAAGUAAUCGAGGAAAGUAUUUGCGAAGAACUGCCAUUGGAAAGUAGAUCUACUGGUAACUCACAUUUAAUUGGUGAGACAUCUCAAAAAAAGGACCAACAUACUCCAAAUGCAGAUACCCCCGUGGUUCGUAGAAGCUUGCGCCGCCUUUCUGUUGAACAGAGGGCAACGGCCACAACGCCACGGAGAAGCACUCGGCGAUCCUCGAUGGAAGCCAGCAGUAAGCCGUUACCGGAGAACGACAACAAGCGUUCGCGCCGUGCUUCCUGUUCAGCGAUGGACAGUCAAGACGUGGUUACUCCCCGGCGGAAGCGUCGAUUUACGCAAGAAAUGUCCACACCAACUCGUCAAUCGAUGCGUCUUUUGAACACACCCAAGAGGACACUUCAGGUGGAUGAAUCUGUUGGCGACAUGGGAGUCAUAUUGGAAGAAGUUGGUCCCGAAGAUGAUAAUAAGUCUGCCGUAGCUGACGACGAAAAUUAUGGCAACGAACUGCCCGCUGAUGAUAUCGACAAGGUAGAUUACCACGGCCUAAGAGAUUUAUUGAAAACACCAAAAAGCUGCAGCACACCACGUUUUAAAGGGUUAAGGGAAAUGAUGCGAACUCCGAAAAUUCCUGCCUCACCAAUUCUGGGAAACAUGGCAGAACUAUUAGAAACCUCUGUUGGUAGGACUCCAUACCACGAGAGGAGGAGCAUUGCAGUAGCUCGCAUGGAGCACGGAAAGCAACUAGACAAUGUUCUGAAGACGCCCAGCGCCCGGAAUAUAAUGGUGCCAAAUGAACCAGCUAGCGCAGUUUUAAAGUCUCGCGAGGAUUCCUUAGCGACAACCACAGAAUACGAUUUGAACAUGACGAACAACACAUUGCACUUGGACAAGAUUUUCGAUGACGUGCCCGAAACUACUGCGGCUAAUAUGGAAGACACGGAAACUGAGAUAAAUGUGACAACGAUCAGCAACGCGACUGGUGUUGAUCCUUUGGGGUCGUCAAAAAGGAAUGAAACCGUGACAUCAGAGGCACUGAUGAGUGUCGGUCAGACAGCCACAACGCGCGAUUCCCUGAAGGAUCCCCUGACAAGCACCACUUACAAAGCUACCAUGCAGGCCAAUCCCAAUCUUAGCGCCUUUGCAGAAUGUGGCUCCAGGUCUUUUUCGCCCAACCCGAACGAGAUGAGUGGAAUCCAGUUGUUAGACCAGACGUCCGACUCAAUGUUCUCCGAGGCGCUAGUAGUAUCGGCCGUGGAGUCGUGCGAAGUCACUGUGGAUGAGACGAGGGCUUUAGGCCAGACCAAACCUACUGAUAACAUUGAGGAUCGCUCAGAUACAGACUCAAAUGUUGGCCUUACUGAGCCCCUGGUAUUUAGUGAUGAUGAGGAGCCCAAGGAAGCGGAAGCAACUCCCAAAAAGUCUGACGGUGCUCAGAAUACAUCUACAGCCCACAAGCUUGAAGAAUCUGUUGAUCUGACGGAAAACAAAACUGCCAAUGAGACAUUAAGUAAAUAUGAGAACGAUGCGGGUACUAUUAGUGAAAUUUCACUCAUUGAAGUGGAAGACAGCACAAUUGAGGGUAGUACUUGCGACCAAUAUCUCGAAGGUGACAAACUUCAAGAAAGAAACACUCUCUAUAUCGAAUCAGCUAAGUCCGAUAAUACGGAAUCACCACUUGAGGAAAAUAUUAAAUCUGCUGUGGUGGAUUCGACGAUCCUAGAGUCAGAGGUAUUUCCUUUGGACACAACCGCAGAUAGUUCGAUCAAUUCUACUAAUGUUCCUAAUAGCAGUCUGGAAAAAACUAUACCUGACCAUGAUCUUAAACAAGAAAAUUGCAAGUCCACAUCCGAUGCCCAAGCCACUGCAAUUACAUCAGAAAAAUCCUUUACCAAUAAACGUGAGGUGAAUACUGAUGAACCACCAAUCGAAAUAUCGCCUAAAGAACUUGAUGAUGAUACCUCCAAACCACCUAUUAAGCACUCUAAAGAACUUUCCGAAGAAAGCGGAGCAGAUAAGGUUUCUACUGCUGAAGAAUUUCCUUUGGACACAACCGCGGAUAGUUCAAUCAAUUCUACUAAUGUUCUUAAUAGCAGUCUGGAAAAAACUUUACCUGAGCAUGAUCUUAAACAAGAAAAUUGCAAGUCCACAUCCGAUGCCCAAGCCACUGCAAUUACAUCAGAAAAAUCUUUUACCGACAUAGAUCGAUCAGUUGUCAACGUAUCACCAUUCAAUAAACGUGAGGUGAAUACUGAUGAACCACCAAUCGAAAUAUCGCCUAAUGAACUUGAUGAUGAGACCUCCAAACCACCUAUUGAGCACUCUGAAGAACUUUCCGAAGAAAGCGGAGCAGAUAAGGUUUCUACUGCUGAAGAAUUUCCUUUGGACACAACCGCGGAUAGUUCAAUCAAUUCUACUAAUGUUCUUAAUAGCAGUCUGGAAAAAACUUUACCUGAGCAUGAUCUUAAACAAGAAAAUUGCAAGUCCACAUCCGAUGCCCAAGCCACUGCAAUUACAUCAGAAAAAUCUUUUACCGAAAUAUCCUCCAAACCACCUAUUGAGCACUCUGAAGAAAUUUCCGAAGAAAGCGAACCAGAUAAGGCUUCUACUGCUGCAGAAUCUGAUCAACCAGAAACUUUGCCCUCCCAAAAAGAUUCACCAGCAGAAUCUAAGCAACCAUUCACUGAAUCACAUUCCGAUGAACUUGUACAAGAAACCAACUGUAAUGAGGUUUCCAUUGAUGGUGAAGUCAUUAAACCAGCCAUUGAGACUUUGCCUUUCGUGGAACAAAAGCAAGUACCUGAUGUUUCCACUGAUGCAGAACCUUAUCAACAUUGCAUCAAAAGUUCGCCUCUUAACGAAGAGAAAAAUCAAACUGAUGAGGUACACUCUUCAGUUAAUACUGAUCAAGAAGUAGAACCAUAUCCCGUCAAAGACGUUUUAAAAGAAGCCAAAGCUGAUGAACCUAUCCAACCCGUCAUCAAAACCAAACCUAUGGAGGAACUUCAAGAAGAAGCGAGACCUGAUGAGGCGCCUACUGUUAGUGACAGUCCUGUUAAAGGAUUCAUCGAAACGAAAGCUGAUGAUAAUAUCGUUAAACCAAUCAUCGAAACAUCACCUAGGAUAGAACCUCCAGAAGAAGCAUGUCCUGAUGAGGUGUCUUCUGUAAGUGAAAGUGAUAAAGUAGCUAUCGAAGGGCCACCUGCCGAAACAUUGUCUGUGGAAGAAAAUACUAUUGAUAAAACGACAAAACCAACCAUCGAAGUGCCUGAUUUAAGUGAAAUUGAUCAACUAAACAUGGAAAAUUCACCAGCCGAAGAACUGCCUGAGAAAGAAAAACCUGUUGAAACUAUACAGCCAAUCAUCGAAACAUCACCCGGCGAUAAAGACCAAAUAGAAGCCAGUCCUACAGAGGUUUCAUCCGCUAGUAAAAUGGAUAAUGUAGUUGUGGAAACUAAUCCUCAAACAGAUGAGAUAAUUCCUCCAGAUGAAAUUAAAAUCUGCGGGCAGGUAUAUACACGUGAUACUAGCAUCAGUAACACCAUCGAUGGGGUCUCUGAUAUUGAUCGAGAUAAAAUUCAGGAUCACCACAGUACUCAAAACUUAUCUUUGAAUUCUUCCUCUGAAGUUCAAUGCGUAAGUAAAGCGGAAGAAUCUUUAAACAAUUCCACUGCAGCAUUUGAAAUCGAACAUUCUGAAGAUGUGGUGCAUGCGACGACUUCUAUAGACGCAGAUAUUUCCAAGAAAAGUGAAGAGGAGAAAAUGGAAACUGUGCCAAUUGACGUAGGUUGUGCUAAUCAUUCUUCAAUUGCGUGCGUACUUGCCAAUGUAGUCUCAGACGGGGAUGCCAGCAAAGCUGUUUCAAAAGAUAAGGACGAACUAGAAAUAUCAACCAAUUCAUCUAAAAUUCCCCCAAGCUGCACCCAGGAUUCUCUCAAGACUUCUCUUUCUGUGACAUCAACUUCUCAGGAUGAAAGCGGUCAAAAACACGUCGUAUUAGAGGAAUCAUCGAAUGAAAUUAUGGCUGCUGAUAAAGAGAAUUCUGAGAAAAAUAAAGAAAACAUAUCGGACGAUACCUUGAGCGUAGUUGAGCAAACUUCAGUGGAACAAACUUCACUAAUUCAUCAUUCUUCAUCUUUAACAGAUCAGAAUACAGAUGUUUCUAUCAUGGAGGAAUCCGAAGCUGUCGCUGCAGAGGAAUCUAUGGAAUGCCAAGCUAACAAGGAUUCUAAAACAGAGGUGAUUCAGUUAGAUGCCUCUACCAUUGUUGAGCAAGAUACACUAGAUGAAAGUACAUCAGUAAUAGAGGAUAUUGAUCAAUCCACGGAAAUUACUACGCCUGAGGAAGUAUCUGAUGUCGACAAAAUAAAAGAAGCUAACACGAUGGACAAAGAAGAAUCCACUGAAUCCCAGCAUUCUGAUCAAAAGGAUAAUGACGAUGAGGUUAUUCUAUUGGAUGCCUCAAGCUUAGAUGAAAGUUGCACAGAACCAUCCGGCUCAGUCCACACACAUGCAGAUAUGGAGAUGGUCAAAAACGAAGGAGAGAAAUGUAAUCAAAGCCAAUCUGACGAUGAGGUGAUUUUGUUAGAUACCUCAAGCAUUGUUGACCAGUGUUCACUAAAUGAAGAUUCGUUAAUUCAAGAUCAAAUCGAAGAUACUAUUCCACAGGGUAUCUUAAUUCAAGCCAAUGACGCAAAAGAAUCUGUGUCUGAAGAGCCAUCUAACCAAAACGGAGUAACGGAGAAGGUGAUUCAGUUGGAUUCCUCGAUCAUAGUUGAACAGUCUAUAUGCAAUGCAAAUUCUAUUAGUGAGGAUUCUGUCACUGAACCAGCCACCGAAAAAGAAAUCUGCCCUAAGAUUUUAACUGUAAACGCUGCUGCCUCUUCACCACACCAUUUGGAGUCGCAAAAAAGUGACCUAAAAAUAAAUCAGAUAGAAGAUCUCCCAGAGGAUACCACAUCUGCAUCAGCAAUAGGGCUAAAUUCCUCAAGUGCCAAUGUCGAUCUUCUUAAUGUUUCUUCAGCACGUGACAUUGAGUUCCCUAUUUCUAAAGUAGAAGACAAACCUAAGGACGUUUCUGAUGCAAUGGCAGAUGCACAAGAAGCUCCAACUGAAGCAGAGGAUGCUGUCAUGCAAGAAAGUGACAUUUUGAUAACCUCAUCACACACGGAUGAAUUAGACCUGCAUAGAUCGCUUCCUCAAACUGAGAAUGUAUCGAGCGAGGAUGUUCAAAGUGCUAAAGAUGGUCACGAAGUAGAAGAGGUGGAAAUAAUAUCGGAGGAAAAUGAGAAUAUUGUUCGCGCUGCAGAGCAGAAGGCACAGCCCGGUGAUCCAGCUACUUGUAGUUCUAAUAGUUCAAUAGGCCAGGCACCAGAAUCAACGGCUGUCGAAGCCACUUCCGUUAUACCUCACGAAGAUCCCGCUGACGUUAAUCAGAAAGAAACUGACGAAUUUAAAUCUUCUAUUUCUUCUUCUAAGGCACCUUCAGCAAACGAGCCACAAGUUGUAGUCACUAUUGAAGAAUCUGCCGACGUCACAAAAACAAGUGAUGGCGAAGACGCUACGAAUAACUUACAAGAAAAAGACAAUAUACCCAUGGAACCAGAUACUGUUCAAGAACAAGAAGACGGAACACAUAUCAGGACAGUGUCCGAAGAUACAUCUGCUCCAGCAAAAACAGAGUCCACUUCUGCAGUUGGUUCUGACCAAGAAAUGUUAGCCAUUAAAGAUGAUGCUGGGCUCGGGCAGCCCAAUGCUGAGGAUAAACCAUCUGAGGAGCCUAUCCACAGUACUUCAACAGAUUCGAAAAGUAAAGAGCGACCCGUUGUUAUACAUAAUAAAGUAGAGAUCCCUACUUCCGAACCAACAAUAUCCCCCGAGCCAACGGAGAUGUCCCUACCUAACCGAAGGUCUUCAAACCAGGAAGAAAAGUCACCGCAUGAAGAAGACACUAAGCCAAUAAAAAGAGUGACUAGGAAGGGAUCGGCUUCCGCUGAUAGACCUGCUGAGGUCGAGCGUCCGAAGAGAGUGGCGAGAAAACCGUCUGCUGAGGUUUUGGAAAUAGAAGACCGUGCUAGGGAUACUAAGCAAGAUGUUGAUCUCAGUAUUAAAUCUAGGGGUCGAGCUAGAAAACCGCCAUCGGAUGUAAAUGAGGACAAAGCGGAAGUUAUUACAGAGAAAAGAAGAGGGCGAACACGAACUCCAUCAGUAGAAGUUACUGAAACUACAGCAAAUGUCGAACCGAAAGAAAACGACGAUGACAUUAAAUCUGAAGAAGCUCUUCAACCCAUCCUAGAGGAAGUACCAGAGCCAGAAGUUGAGGAAAGGAUCGAGUCAAAUGCAGAAGAGGAGAUCAUUAUAGACAAACCCAAGAAACGAUUACGGAAGGCAACUUCAAAGGAAUCGGAUACUCUAUCGGAUAAUAUAGAAAAGAUUAAUACUGAUUUGGAAGUUGUCAAAGAAGCUGGAAGUACUCAUUCGAAUAACACCGAGCAACGAGAUGAUCAGGAUCCUAUUGUCUUGCCAGCCAAGUCAGAGGUGGAAGCCGAUUUAGAAGGUGAAAGGGAUGUGCAGGAUACCAACCUAAAACAGACCACUAUAGAACGACCCAAAAGACGCGGAAGAAAGGCAUCUGCUGAAACUGACACCGCAUCCGAGAAAAUCGAAAAGGCUGAAGAUCAUUUGGAGGCCAUUAAUGAAGAUGGAAAUCAAGAUAACAAUCCAGAGAUGGAGCGCCAAGUAUAUAUGGCAAUUAUACCAAAUACAAGCAAUGAAGAAGAGAAACUAAAAACAGAAGUUUUAGAAGAUGUAGAGCCAAAUCCAAAACGACGAGUGCGGAAAGCAUCUGCAAAGGAAACGAACACAACAUCGCCCAAAAGGGAAAAGACUGAAGAUAUUUUAGCAGCAGUAGUAGAAGUGGAAUCUGCGCUGUCCAGUAAACACAAUUCGAGUCACUCGGAACAAAUGGGACCAAAAGAGCCUGCGCCGGUUGCUACUUCAAAUAUAUCCAAGGAAGAUCUAGAUCCAGAUAAUGUGCCAAAUGUCUCAUCGGAAAAAAGAGUGCAAAAGGAAUCUACAGAGGACAAAAGCAUCGUUCCAGACAAAAAGCAUAAACUUGAAAGCCGGCGCUCUAUCGAAAAGCAGGACGAUGUACCGAAAGAGACGGGUAAAACUCGGGCGGAGAGACCAAAGCGAAGAGGUCGUAAGCAAUCGGACGAUAUAGUAGAAUCCAGCGCACCAAAUGACGCACACAGUCCUGAAACGGAGAAGGCGUUGGUUUCCGUCCAAGAGGAUAACCCAAAUCCAGCUGAUCAAGAUAUACCGAAAAAACGAGCCCGAAAAUCAGCUGAGCUUAAGCAUGCAACUGUAGAGGAGCAUGCUAAGGAAGAUCACGUUGAAAGACCGAAGCGUAGAGGACGCAAGCCUUCCGUAGACAUUGAUCACGUUGCCCAAGAUGUUCUGGAAAAACCAAGGCGGAGGGGUAGAACACCGGCAGAGCAUGAAUCUCACCAUCUGGGCGAUGAAAAGCAGGAACCAGUUGUAGAGCCUGCGAAAAAGACCAGGCGCAUUGCACGCAAGGCUUCUGCGGAAACGGUUGAAGUCGUUUCAAGUAGCGGGGAAGAGCAUCUUCAGCAAAUCGACGAGGCAACCGAACCAGUCGCAGAAUCGGAAACGGCACCAUCCGAACUUAUUCCACAGGAGGGCGAGGAACAUAAGACCCGGCGACGCGGACGUAAGCCAACUGUGGAAACGGUUGAGGGGUCGAUAAAAAAUACACCAACAGAGGAACCAGUUGCCCUUCCCACUCAUUCACGCAGACGUGGACGCAAAGCUACCGAAGAUGAGGCCUUAACAACUGCAGAUCUGGCUGAGCCGAAGGCAAAGGUUCGUAUACGCAGGGCGUCCUUGGAGCCAGAACAUAAGGUAGAGACCUCAGCAGAGUCCCACCAGAGUUCCGAGGUCGUGGAACUGCCAGCGGCCAAGACAACGCGCCGCGGAAGAAAGCCAAGUGCAGAUAUAGAAGCGACCUCACCGGAAAAGAAACCACCAUCUCGACGAGUCCGCAAGGCAUCAGCGAGUGUCGAUGAGGAACCGCCAGCGGCCAAGAAAACGGCAAAUCGUCGCGGUCGUAAAAACGAAGCUCAUGAGGACGAGGAAAAAAAACUGAUCGACUUGCAGGACUUGCCUACCGAAAUUGUUUCGGCACUCGUGGUCACAUCGGGAAACCCCUCGAAGGCUGCCGAUGAAGAAGAGCUUACUCCACGCCGCCGAGAGGGCCGUAACCUGCCACGUAAAAACUACGAGGAGGCACCAGACGAUGAUAAGCCGCAUUCCGGACUGCGGCGGGCACGCAAGCCUGCGGCAAGCAAGGCUCUGGCCAACAAGGCGUCAGAGUCUGAUCCACUUCCAGCUACGCCCGUAACCAAACAACCACCUGUGAAAGAAGAAUCUACACCCGACAACACAGUUUCUCUUCCAGAGCCCACUACCUCGCAGCGACGCGAAGGACGAAACCUGCCGCGCAAGAACUACACGGAGGCUCCGGACGACGACAAGCCCACACCGGCUCGUAGUCGCCGCGUACGUAACCUGACUUCAAAGGCCUUGGAAUUAAUUGUGGACUCUUCGCCGCGUCCGGCGACUCCGAAAAGGCCGAAGGGCAAGGGAGUAGACGUUGAGGAGCCACCAGCAAAAAAGGCCACCCCAGAGAUUCCAUCAACAACAGAAACGUCCGGACCUGAGGAGGAGCCGGUGCCAGCAACCAAAGGGCGCGGUACUCGUCGAAAGGCUGAUCACAGCGAUUUGGAGGAACCGGAAGUUAAAACGGCCAAAAAGAACGUACGCGGCGCGGGACGUAAAACCAAAGUCGAGACUGAAACGGAGGAGCAUCCACCCAUUAAAAAGCCGCGGGGCGGAUCACGUGCCAAAACGCCUUCGGAGGAGGUGGCCAUUACUCUGGAGGAGGAACCGGUGAAGAAGCCUGCCGCUCGCAGUCGAGCAAAAGGCGCCAAGGCCGCAGAGCCGGAGCAGCCCGCCGAGGAUCCCCAAGUCGAAGUCACCUCCUCCAAACCGGCGCCGGCAGCUCGAGGUGGACGAGGCCGGAAGGUGCACUUCGAGGCGGCACCGGAGACCUCUGCUAGUGAGAGUGCGCCAUCAUCACAGCGCGCAACUCGAUCACGACGAAAGUAAAAUCACAUCUAUUUCAUUCAUAAGCUUGAACUACUCUGUAUAAUUUUUUUAGUUAUUUUUUAAUCUGAACUACUUCAAUUUACGUUAA